AUGCAGGCACUCCGGGAAACUAUGCCGGAUCGACAAUGGGUUUGCACAGACGACAUACAUCCUCUACAACAGCUCUUAGACGCAAAGAGAGAGCGAAAGGUUACAAACGAAGCAGUGUCCAAGAAACAAACCACGGUGAAGAACAAGAGGAGGAAGCGUGGGAAGCGUCAUCAAGUCCGGCAAGGCGUUGCACAACCCGUCUUCAUCAAGACCGAGUCCAUUGACGACAGCCCAGACACAAGGCGCGACUCUGCCUACGGCAAUGAGUUGGAUGCAUCAAGUUCUCCAAAACAUCGAAGAUGGACUGGGCCUAAGACAGACAGCAUCAUCGAUAUCGUCGCACUGUGCACCUAUCCGGGACAGACUAUUAAGCCGAGUUCGUUCAGUGGCCUCUUCACCCUCCAACGAAGAAUCGAUGCCGCCGUUAAUGACCAAGGCCCUCUCAGAAACAUCUUACGCAACCUUCCACGCGACAUCACCUUGACUGUCGAGCGAAAAGAAGCCAUCUGGGUGGCACAAGGCAAGCUCAAUAGGAUAGUGGACGAACGACGACGUGGGCGCAGACUACAGAAACUCGACCGUUACCUUUCAUCUGAUCGCCGGAUCCCAGUUGAUCGCUACGUCCCGGGCGUCCCCUACAACCCCAUUCCGCACAUGCUGGCCAUGAAGGUGUUAUCAGAAGUAGUGGCAUAG